AUGCUCGGACUCAAACUCGUUGCGCUGCUCGUUGCUUGCAUCACGCUUGUCAUCGCGUCGCCCACGCCGACCCACAAUCACAAAGACUGCGACCGCAACUACUUUUGGUGGGGCCGCAAAAGUCGUUGUUUACCGUACGGUGGGAUUCGAGGAGUGAUUGUCCCUCCGAAGCAUCAUUGCGGAAGGUGGUACUGGCACAGCAGCCUUGGGUACUGUGUCCCGCCUCAGCCUGACUGGUCCGACCCACAGUGCCCGGCUGGAUGGCGCUGGGACGACGGAGCAUACUCGUGUCUCCCUUCUGCUCCUUCUUUGCCCGAUUCUGGUUAUGGCACUGGGGAGAUUACAUCUGAGGCAAACCUGAUAACCGGGAGGUUUAUUACAUCCUUGAUUGCACGGGACAUCCUCUUCGACUUCAAGCCUGUAAGAAAGACCACUCUCAACUUCAAAUAUCAAUACCCACUAGAAGUUUGGUCUCAGGUUAACAAACAUUUAUCUCUAUAUCCCAUUGCCCAACUGUCUGCGAUUCCACUGAAUGUAUCCGACGCAAGGGUCGCUACAGCAGACAUUCAAAUCACACUAAAUCCUGAACAUACGCAAUAUAGGCUGCGAGUUGACUCUCAGAGUAGCCCUUAUUAUCUACGUGGGGAUGCAUGCAACUUUAUUGAAGACUACCGGUCAGGCACAGUACUUGAUGUCAUCGGCUCAGUGGGUGGUCUGUUUGGGUUGCUUCAGGCAGCACACCUCUUGCUCCCCCGGGAGACCGUUAUUUUAGGGACUGGUGCCAAGACCAUCGGUCCGUUUGGGCUGCUGGGUUGGUGUAGCUUGCAAAAUUUCAAGCGGCGCUUGAGGGAAGAGUAUCACAUGCACUCCGAUGAAGAGAGCGCACACGCAAUUCAGAUCGUCAAGUUUUUGCAAGAUUUUGUAAUUGAUUUUGGCCCGGCCGACCUUGACUCUGUAGAUAAUCAUCCGCGUGAAUCAAGCGCUUCAUCUGUCAAGGCCGAGUUGCAUGAAGGAGAUGAGAACGAGCCCGGUUCAGAAAUGUAA